ACGUUGAUGUCUAUUCCUAUUAAUUUGGGUUCUUUGAAUCGAAAGAAACAGAGCAACUAACUGCCAAAGUUUAGUUUGUGUUUCUCUUCUCUCUUAAAAACGAUCCAGCCACUUGUGUUUGUGUUUUUGAUUGUUUCUCUCUGUACUGUAUCUGUAUGGCUGAUAUCUCAUCUGGAAAACCCUCACUCAGCAACAUCAACCAUUUUUCAGAUGAUUUGUUAGUAGAAAUUUUCAUCCGAUUGCCAUUCAGAUCCAUCGCUGGAUGCAAAUGCACCUCCAAGCGUUGGUUAGAUUUGAUUUCAUCCCCAAUUUUCAUACAACAAUUUAUCACUCGUCAGAACAAUCUCUUCAAUGCUUUCUUGAUCUUCCUCACACCCCAUGAGCUUAUGCUAGGUUUCAUCACCCCAGAUGAUGAUCCACCUCUCAUCCCAGAUUUGGGUUUGUCCCCAGACAUCCUCGUCAAAGGAAACGUCUGUGGUUGUUCCAAUGGUUUGCUAUUGUGCUGUAACACCAGAUACACAACUGGUAAUGGCUAUUCCAUUUACAAUCCGCUUACCAAACAAUGCACCCAGAUAGCCCCAUCUCCUGCAAACCAGAUUGGGAAUCUGUACGCGGUAGGGUUUGUUUGUGAUCCAUUUUUCGGGCUUUCGCGAGAAGUAGUAGCUGCAGCGGCGGAAUCGUUGGUUCAGGUUCAACGCGAUCGCAGUUUUCGCGUGGUGAUUAUUCGGUCUUUCAUUAGAAGAUCGUUCGAGUUUGAAGUGUCGGUUUUCGAGUCGGAGACCGGGACGUGGGAGCAGACGGUGGUGACUUGCCCGGAUGGUUUUGCUUUUGCUCCUCAUUGGCUUCUCAGUGUUGAGUAUGAAGGGUUCCUUUAUUUUAUGGGGAGGACUAGCAUUUUUGUUUUUGAUCCUUAUAGCAAAGAGAGUGAUGUUCUUGAUUAUCCAGACGAUGCUGAUUCGAUGAAUAUAAUGAGUUUCGGGUUUCUUGGAACCUGUUGUGGGAGACUGAGGAUUGCUGAUAUUGGCCUAAAUUAUUUGACUGUGUGGGAACUGAUAGAAAAUGAUUACUGGGAUUUGGUGCACACUACCAAUCUAUCAACAAAACUCCCUGAUAAGUUUUGUAAUAACUACUAUAAGCGAGUAGCGGGUUUCCAUCCUUAUGAUGGGGACAUUGUGUAUCUGCAUUCUUAUGCUGAUGGGGUUUUUGUUGCCAACCUGGGGACUGAUGAAUUUGAGGCUAUUCCUGGUUAUGAGAAAUCUGAUAUAAGUCCCUUUCAACUAGUGUUUCCAUUGUAGCUGCCAUCCACAGAACUGACAGAAGAAUAAGAUAGUUGGAUGAAAACUGCAGCACCUGUUUACCUUAAUUAGGCUUCUUAGUUAUUUUCACCUCAUUUUCAGUUAUGAUCAUGAUAUGAUUGUAGCAUGCUUUUAUUUAUUUAUGAUGAUGUAGCCUCAAUGUAAUUGUCAUUCAAUAGAUCAAAUAUAUGCACAACUCAUGUUAUACUUCAAGAUA